GUCUCCGUGACGUCACCACGCCCGACGGACCAAUGACGUUCCUCCAGUGAGGUUUGAAUUGAAGCGGCAAGAUGGCGGCGUAGGCAAGAGAAAGCUUUUGAGUGUCAAAGGUAAACAAAGCCUAUUUGUGUGUUUUCCGUAAGAGUGCGUCCAUAUUUAGGUUUAUAUACCCACUAUAUUUUAGCUUUAUUUUAUUGUUUUACAGCAAAAGUCUUCGUAUCCAGGUUAGUUUAAUAAAUAAAUGAAUGAAUAAAUAAAUAAAGAAGUUGUACGUUAGUGACAGUUAGCCACAGUGGGCUGGUUUAAGAUUCUUCAGCAUGUCAAAGAGGUAAAAGAGGUUAUAAAGUCGCGUCGGAUACUAUUUAGUUUGAUUGCUAACUAGCAUUGGAUGAUUGGAAAAAAUGGAUGAUAAGGAAACAUCAUCUCUGAGUAACUCUAAAGAGAUCAACAAGACCUAUAUAAUAUCCAGCCUGAGCAGCAGGUGUGAUGAGGCUCCCAGUGCAGGUCGUCUGACUCUUCAGAGGAGAAACACACACAGCAGAAACACACUGGGGGAUGAUCAGGAAGCAUCUGAAAACACUGAGAACCAAAGUCAUGGGAAACGGUUGACUUUGCAGAGGAGAACCAGAGCAGGAGCAGGAGCAGGAGCAGGGUGCACUGCUAAAGCCUCUCAUCCACACACAUCCAGCCUGACUGAGAAGCGAGCAUGGACUUGUUCAAAGAUCCUGUCCGAGCCGAACAGCAGAACAGCUCCAGCUCCAUCUCCUGCUCCUCUUCCUCUGCGAUCUGCCAGCCUGAGAGAUGUCAUCAAGCCAGGAAACACACCUGCAAAGACUACAGAGAAAGCACAGAAAACAUUCUCCACCCCGACCGGGAAAACCCAGUUCGACAGAAUAAGUCUGAAGAAAGAAGUUUUUGAAAAACUGUCUGCUAAAGAUCAGUCGAAACUUUUAACCCCAAAACAAACAGGGGUUGAAAGGCUAAAGCAGUCGAGCACCGAUCCAAAGGGAGGCACGAUACCAGGUUCAGCCAAUAAGAAGUUUCCGAUUAUCAGUCAAAACCGGAGCACGAUAUCUACUGUGAGAAAGAACACAACUCAGCUUUCUUCAGUUUUAAACGCAAAGUCUAAACCUCCUCCAUCUGAAACACGGGUUUCUGUCGAAUCUGGGGGUCAAACUGCGGCUUUAUCGCCUAAAGAGCUGAAGAUGGAAAACAGUGCAGUGACAGUGGCGGUGCGAGUACGACCUUUCAGUCACAGGGAAAAGAACGAGAACGCAGGCCGAGUGAUUUUCAUGGAAAACCACGAGACUGUAGUUCAGCAUCCCGACACUAAACAGACGUACACCUUCUCUUUCGACUUCUCCUUCUACUCGGCUGAGGAAAUGGACCCGAAUUUCGCUAGUCAGCAGACGAUUUAUGAAAAGUUGGCUAGACCCUUACUUGAAAGAGCGUUCGAAGGAUUUAACACCUGCCUUUUUGCGUAUGGACAAACAGGCUCGGGAAAAUCCUACACUAUGAUGGGUUUUGGUGAGGAGGCUGGAGUUAUACCCAGAUUCUGCGAGGAGCUUUUCGCAAGAGUGUCCAGUGCUGACAAAAAUGAGGUGACUUGUCACCUGGAGAUGAGCUACUUUGAGGUGUAUAAUGAGAAGAUCCACGAUUUGCUUGUGGUGAAGGAUGAGCAAAACCAGAAGAAGAUGCCAUUGCGAGUCAGAGAACACCCGACUGAUGGGCCGUAUGUUGCAGAGCUUUCUACGAAUGUGGUCAGCUCCUAUGCUGAUGUCCAGGCCUGGCUUGAGCUUGGAAAUAAACAGCGAGCUACUGCUGCUACAGGCAUGAAUGACAAAAGCUCCAGGUCUCACUCUGUCUUCACUCUGGUCAUGACUCAGACUAAGACAGAAUUAGUGGAAGGAGAAGAACAUGAUCACAGAAUAAUCAGCAGAAUCAACCUGGUGGAUCUGGCUGGCAGCGAGCGCUGUGCCACAGCUCAGACCAGUGGAGAGCGGCUGAGGGAGGGAGCAAGUAUCAACAAGUCUUUGCUCACUCUGGGGAAAGUGAUUUCUUCACUCUCUGAGCAAGCUCAGGGCAGAAAGAAAAUCUUCAUCCCAUACAGGGAGUCGGUCCUGACGUGGCUACUGAAGGAAAGCCUGGGUGGAAACUCAAAGACGGCCAUGAUUGCAACGCUGAGUCCUGCUUCUAGCAACGUGGAUGAGAGUCUGAGCACUCUGCGCUACGCUCAGCAGGCUCGCCUGAUCAUCAACGUGGCCAAGGUCAACGAGGACACCAAUGCCAAGCUGAUCCGAGAGCUGAAAGCAGAGGUGGAGAAGCUGCGGGCCGCCCAAAUGAGCUCGCAGGGCAUCGAUCCAGAGAAGAUGAGACAAUUCCAGCAGGAAAUCUUCACCCUGAAGACUCAACUCUCUCAGCAGGAGCGUGAAAUGGCUGAGGUGCACAGAACAUGGAAGGAGAAACUGGAGCAUGCCGAGAGGAGAAAACGUGAAGAGACCAAAGAGCUCCAGCGUGUAGGCAUCACAUUUAAAGUGGAUAACCGGCUGCCCAACCUUGUGAACCUGAAUGAGGAUCCUCAGCUGUCAGAGAUGCUCUUAUACAUGAUUAAGGAGGGGCAGACCAAGGUCGGCAAGCUCAAGUCUGAGUCAGCCCACGACAUCCAGCUGUCUGGGGCUCUUAUUGCUGAUGAACAUUGUGUUAUCUCCAAUGUUAAGGGCACAGUCAGCAUCACCCCCAUGGAAAAUGCCAAGACCUUUGUGAAUGGAAAUCUUGUAUCUGAAGCCACCAUCCUCCACCACGGUGACCGAGUGAUUCUUGGAGGAGAUCACUAUUUCCGCUUCAACCACCCGGCCGAGGUGCAAUGUGGAAAGCGAGUGUCCUGUUGGAGCAGUGGAGAUGGCCAGAAGGACUUUGAGUUUGCCAAGAAUGAGCUACUUUCAGCUCAAAGAGCUCAACUAGAGGCAGAGAUUGAAGACGCCCGACUGAAAGCCAAAGAGGAGAUGAUGCAGGGGAUCCAGGUGGCCAGAGACAUGGCCCAGAAAGAGCUGUCUGACCAGAAGCUUCAGUACGAGAACCGGAUCAAAGUCCUGGAGAAAGAACUUGAGGAGGAGAAUGAAAGAAAAAGAGCACAGGAGCUUGAGAGGCAGAAGGUCGCCAGCAAGAUGGAGGAACUGCAGACCGCGAAGUCUGUCCUGGAGCAAGAAAUGAGCAUGCAUAAGAAACGGUUACAAAUGGAGGCCCAGGCUGCCAGACAGGCCAUGGCUGAUAAUGAUAUUCGACAUGCUAAAAUCCUUGAAGCGCUGGAAGCGGAGAAGAGGAAAAUCGCAGAAGAUCUAGCUGACAUUCAGAAGAAACGUGCCCUGAAGAUGACUCCCAAAACUACUCCUCCACAGUGGGAUGCCAUGAAAUUGUCGCUUAUGAUUGAAGAAGCUAACAAAAUAAGCGCCAAAUUCAGGAAACACACAGUGUUUGGCAGACAUGAAUUAUCUGAGAAGGGGAGUGGAGGAGGAAACGCUGAAUUGCAGAUCCAAGUGCAGAACACUAAACUGGGCAUCUCCACCUUUUGGAGCAUGGAGAAAUUUCAAAGCAACCUAGCUGUCAUGAGGGAGCUGGAACAGGGAGUUUGCACCUCGAAAGAUGACGAUGAUGUGUUUUAUGACCCCAACGAUCACUGGGAGCCAGAUAUAUCUUCAGCAUCUGCAGAGUCGUCGUCUUUUUCUCGCAGAAGGAGCAGGAGUCUGCUGAAGAACAAGCGCAUCUCUGGGCGACUCUAUGAGAUCCGCGUGCACCCCAUUCAGAGCUUAAACUGCACCUCCUCACAGCCCACGGGCCUGAUUAGCAUGAGCAAACCCCCGUCUUUUCACUCCAGCAGUUCAGACUCGGCCUUGCCCAGCAUCUGCAAAGAUCUAAUAGCUGCCACGGUUUCCCGUUUGCGUGCCAGUUCAUCAGCAGAAGGGAGCGAGAGCCUGGCAGACAAACUCACCCUGGACCUUCUGUCCAUUUAUAACGCUGCAAACUCCAUCGCAGGCUUGUACGGGCAGCUGGAUGACAACAGCCAGGAGAACUUGUUUGCGUGCAGCACUGAAGCACAGACUCAUCUUGUGAGAGCUACCUCGGCUAUCGAGAGAGCCGUGUUCAUUACCACACACUGGGUCUCCAGUAUCAGCUCCAGCUCUCAGUCAGUCUCCCAAACUGUGGACGAGCUCAAGACUGAAGUAAAGAGUACAGGAGGAUAUUUUCAGCUCCUUGUUCAGGGCUGUGAAUCUGAAAUCUCCUCUAUGGUGACUGAGGCCCAGAGGAAGAUGAGUAGGAGUACGGAUGCCGCUCUGAGCACCACUGCUCACCUGGCAGUAGUAACUGGCACACAGCUUCGUCUGACUGAACACGGAUCAGACACUGUUGGCAAAAGGUCUGCUGGGAUGUGUCUGCGGGAGGGAAUGUGCCGAGGUGUGAGAGCUCUCCUGGACGAGGCUCUCCUUAUUAGCAGAGAGAUGCACAGACAUGCUAACUUAGCUCAACCUAGAACUCAGAUUUUACAAAACCUUAAAGUGAAAAUGCUGGAGGUGGCAAAUAAUUUGCAAAGCUACAUUCACUGCAACAUGUCGGAGAAGCCUGACCCUACGGAGAAUGAUCCAGAGGGAGCCGAUGCCAUGCAUCUGGAACGUUUGAGAAACACGGCCUCCAAGCUCUUUCAGCUAAACAACGCUCUCCAGCAGCUUCACUCCUCCUUGUCUCGCACUCUAAGAGGUAGAGGCAGCGACGUUGGUCUCAGGUCAUUCAGAGAAACAAUCCAGUCUCUGAGCAAGACCAUCAGUGGCCUUGUGCAUGGACUGCCGAGACAGACGGAUGUUUGUCCCGCCGGUACUCUUCAGCUGCCAUGUCUAAAGAGCGUCAUGGAUGCACGAGAUGACCUGCACUCUGCAUUAUGCUCUCUAGCUGAACUGUUUGAUGAGAGCAGUGAAGAAAAUGUGGAACCCAAGACCUUUGAGAAGCCUGAGGAACCAGCUCAAGGCCCAAGAAACCGAACUGUUCCUAAAAUAGUGUACUCGCUGUCCUCGGGUGUCAGCUCGUGCUCCAGAGACAUUCGCUGGGUUUGAGCUGUCUGUUCUCAAUCCAGUAUAGGAGAAGGGUUCCUUACACUAGCUUAAGCACCAGUAUGAAUACUAAAGACAUUUCCAACAUGCACAUUAUUCCGUGAAGAGGUACUGUAAUAUUAAAUGCGCGAAUAUAACACGUCAAAAUGCUUUUUUUUUUACAUGUGAUUAUUCUUGUGUGGGGAAGAAUAUAACCUUUCUUAUUUAGAGUGUGUGCUUGUUUAUAUAUAAUAUAGAUAAGGGUGUUUAUUUCUUGUAUAUUACCAAGGAUAUAGUAAUAAGGUGAAGUUGGUAAUACAAAAAAAAAUGUAUUAUUAGAACAGAAUUUUAUUUCCUUUUUUUAUAUAUAUAUAUCAUUUGUGUUUCAUUAAUCUCACUCAUUACUCUUGUAUGCACUGUUUUGCGGCUUUGCACAAACGAUUUACAAUUCCUGUCAUACAUUUAUCCCUUUACGUUGACAUUAAAGAAUAGCAGUUUCUUUACAAUCAUGUAAUAAUUCAAUGGGUUAUGUGUUAUUUUUCAUAAUAAACACUGAUGAUAGCUGUU